UUUUUACGAAUCGAACCACGCGGUGGCAUCACUCAGUUGACAUGGACAUCUUCCGCGGUUUGGCCACGUCGGGCACCGGAAUCUACGUCACCAACUAGAUUUAAAUGUGGAUUCCAUUUUCCUGGACGAUUAAUCUUGAUAUCGAAGAAAAUAUAUUUUGUAGUUCAUCUGUGGUUCGGGAUUAGUAUCCCCUCCGCGAUUGAACUGACAAGGAUGACGUGACGGCCAGCAUUACUUUGUAUCAGAUCAAGUCACCGCGGGAAAUAAACACCUGGGUCUACCCUUCCCAUAGUCCACUGCCAGCCAUGAGGUGACAGCCACCUUAAUCUGCUGUUGGAUCCUGCUGCUUGUACAUAUGGCCAGGAUCAGUUUCUCCUGCCUGCCGGCGUCCUGGUACUGCAGUGUGUCCCUGCUGUCUCUGGGAUGUGUGCCCAGGCAGAGGGUCUUCCUGCUGUUCUUCCUCACCUGCUCUGCCCUGACCGUCCUGGGCCUCUACCACACCGAGCUCUGGGGGCGCCAGCGGCAUGGAGGACACGUCAACAAAUACCUCUCCAUCGUGGAGACCAUGGAGGCCACUGAUGUCAACAACGCUGCUCUGAACUAUGGGAUAGUGGUGGACUGUGGCAGCAGCGGCUCCAGGGUGUUUGUUUACUACUGGCCCCCCCACAACGGGAACCCCCACACCCUGCUGGACAUCCGCCAGAUGCGGGACCUCAACCGCAAACCUGUGGUCAAGAAGAUAAAACCCGGCAUCUCCAACCUGGCCCUCACGCCAUCCAAGGCCAGCGACUACCUCCACCCCCUCCUGUCGUUUGCUGCCGCUCAUGUCCCCCAGAAGAAGCACAAGGAGACCCCCCUCUACAUCCUCUGUACGGCCGGCAUGAGGCUGCUGCCUGAGAGUCAACAGACUGCUAUCCUGGAGGACCUAGUAACAGACGUGCGGGCGGACUUUGACUUUCUGUUCUCCAGCUCCCACGCAGAGGUGAUCUCUGGGAAGCAGGAAGGUGUGUAUGCAUGGAUUGGUAUUAACUUUGUGCUUGGACGCUUUGACCAUGCUGAGGAUGAAGAUGAUGCUAUGGUGGAGGUUACCACAGGGUCACAGAACAAUCAUCCAAUCAGCCGGCGGCGUACGGUUGGCAUCAUGGACAUGGGCGGAGCCUCACUGCAGAUAGCCUAUGAGGUGCCUAGUGCGGUACAUUUCAACUCGCCUGAACAGGAGGAGGCCGGUAAGAGCCUGCUGGCCGAGUUUAACCUGGGCUGUGACUCGGAACACACACAGCAUGUCUACCGGGUGUAUGUCACCACGUUCCUUGGCUUUGGCGGCAACAUGGCCCGGCAGCGUUAUGAAGACCAGCUGGUCAACGCCACCGUCACUAACAACCGGCUGACGAGCGACCAGACGGGCAUGAUGGAGGCCACGCCCCUCGGCGACCCGUGCCUCCCCGCGGGCCUCUCGGAUGUGGUGCGUCGCGACGGCCGUGCGGUCCACCUCAGAGGCCAGGGGGACUGGGCGCGGUGCCAGGCGGCAGUCAGGCCUUUUCUGGGGCUCCACAAUGCCACCAUGGGGUCCCCCAGAGGGGUGUAUCAGGCGCCCAUCGACUACGGCAACUCCGAGUUCUACGGCUUCUCAGAGUUCUUCUACUGCACUGAGGACGUACUGAGGAUGGGCGGGGCGUACGACAGCGCCAAGUACUCCAAGGCUGCCACGGACUACUGUGCCACCAAGUGGUCAACCCUCACGAAGCGGUUUGACAGCCAGCUUUUCUCUAAGCAAGCAGACAUCGCCAGGCUGAAGUACCAGUGUUUUAAGUCAGCCUGGGUCUACGAGGUGCUCCAUUCAGGCUUCCGGUUCCCCCGGGACUACCCCAGUCUGAAGACCGCUCAGCUGGUCUAUGACAAGGAGGUGCAAUGGACCCUGGGAGCCAUCCUGUUUAAGACACGCUUCCUGCCUCUCAGGGACCUCCAGGCGGAGACGUUUAAACAGGCCCACUCUAACUGGCUGCGUUCGUCCUUCGUCUACAACCACUACCUCUUCCUGGCCUGUAUCCUGGUGGUGCUGAUCGCCAUCCUGCUCUACAUCCUCCGCCUUCGCAGGAUCCACCAGAGGGAGCAGAGACAGGCCGAAGCCCUCGACCUCCUCUGGGUGGAGGAGGGGGAGGCCCUCCUGGCCUAACCUAGGAUCUCUGAGGAGCCUGAGGCCGGUGGCGUGAUUGGGACAGGUCUGGGGUCAGUUUGUCACCCUCUUUACAGCCCGUGCGACCCGUAAUGUCGAUUCAGUUUGGACUCUGAGUAAACAUGCAGUGUGCAAUGAGUUUACACGUCGCACAAAAUGUCACCCUGACAAUUUGGAAGGGACAAGCUCAAUGUGACUCUGAUCCAAAGAGGAUCAAUGUUCUUGGGGGGGAAGAGUUUUGGCGCAUGCUGGACAUUGCUUGUAUGUCUUGGCAAACCAGAUAAAAAGGUUAAUGUUCACUUGACCACGAUCACCAUGGUAAGCACAGAAACUAUCCUCUAUGGUCCAAACCACUAUUUGCUGUAAUGAGUAAGGCAGUGUUGCUGUAACAAGAGCAAGGGGAGGAGGCGUGGUAAUUGAACCUUUUACAAGGGGGAGGAGCAUUCCUGAAUGUGGUGUUAUGGGCGGAGCUUUCUCUGGGGAAGGGAAAACGCAGUUGCAGGAGAACUGCAACCUUCCUGGAAAGGAUUUGUACUAACCGACACGUUUACAAGAAAACGUUCUUUGCCUCAGUUGGAUAGUUUUGAUGAGGUGUGGCUUUAUGCAAUACGGUAUGCAUUUAAAGAAUAUUGGCCAUGCUGACAGCGCUGCCCAACCCACAAACCAAGCUUUUUCAACUUGUCAUUCAAUACGCCACCAUUCCUGUUCAGUUGAAUAAUCUCUGGAAUGUAGAAACAGACAAGAAAAGCAUGACCGAUGUUAAACUGAACUUGGUUCUGCUAUAACUGCCGUAUUAUUUACAUCUUUAAAUGGAGGCGACCAGUGUGAAUGAAGCUGGACUGGACCUACCUGUAGUCCAAUAGAAACUGUUUUGGUGAAAAACAGAUUCCAUUUGGAUAAUGUUUUUUGUUGUAAAAUGUUUGACUGCAGUCAUUGUUUUGCAACAUAAUCGGUGUAAUAAAUACACCAGUUUAACCUGUUUAAGAGAAAUGAAAGACUGAGGACCGAGCCAUUCCAUUUCUAGUUAGAUAUUUAUAGUGUUGAUGAGGGACUACUAUGUUAAGCAUUUUUUUAAUGAAAGCAUUGAACAUGGUUGAUUCUUUUAGUAGGAUGUAAAUAUUUGACCUGUCUGCCAUUGGUUAUGGGAAGCUUCUGGCUUCUCUUUGAUUAAAAACCUGUUUGUCCAUUUGGACAGUGCUGUAACCAUGACGAUGCAAAUUGUAUCUGACCAGUAAACCACCUGGAAAACUCCCAGACAGGCUGAGAGUUAAUUCUUUAAUAAUAUGAUUGUUGAAAUGUUGUAAUGAAGUCUUUGAUGAAAAACAUAUUUGAGCUGGAUUGAAAAUCCCAAAUCAGAAAUCAUAUUGUUAUUUACAGGGGUUUUGCAAAUCAGAGUAUAUUCGGGACAGUAUCUCUUCAAGUUUUUAGACUGUUUUUUUUUGUGUGUCAAUGCUGGGAACAAUUUGUCCAAAGCCAGUUGAUGCUAAGCAAGAGUGAAAAGGGAACGUGUUUAAUUAAGGUUGAUACAUUCUGUGUAGACACACACACACACACACACACACACACACACACACACACACACACACAGCUGUGUGAAAGAUGUGUUAUGACGGGUCUGUGUCAGACUGUCAAUGUUAGUUACCAGACAUCUCUUCACCUACCUUGUACUGUAAAUAACAACUCGGCAGUCUCCCUCAGUUCACUCUUCUUGAUAACAACAGGGGAGGUAUUUAUUAAUGUUUUCAAUGCAUUAAAGUCCUUAUUAAAGGAGUCAUCUUGUUAUUGUGUGAGGCACAGUUUGAGUGGUCUCAAUGUCAUUUCAACAUGUUUCCCUUUCACUUCUGACUCUCCUGCUAAAAUCUUCAAACCAGCAUUUGAAUGUGAUCUGAUGGGAACACCAACACUUGUUGUUUUUUAUUUUGUAUUUAUAACCAAUUGUUUUGUUUAAAACAUUCAACAUGAAAUGGGCUUAAGUGUUGUGUCUGCACUAAGAAUUAUCCUGACCAAGGACCAACCAAUCAGCUGGAUUGGCUCUGGCAUUACCAGACUGCACUGGGCGUUGUGCAAUGUGCGGCAGAAACAUGUUGCUUCCUAAAUGUCCCUCCCUCUAUUCCCUAUAUAGUACACUAGCUUUUAGCAGGGUCAGUGGUACUCCGGUUAUCGGCUUUUGAGGGGAAAGAAAACGGUUGGAAUAAAUUGCUUCAAGUACAAAAAUGUCUGCUUCUAGUGCUCCUCUUUUGUACUACUUUUUGUGUAUGUUCCGUUCAUGUUUUGUGUUCAUUAGUGCCCAUGUAAACAUAAACACAGUGAAAACAACACCCUUUGCCAUGACCAAGUAACAACCAUUUCUCAUGCCCC